AAUGCAGUAUUAGUGCUUGCUCUUCCAGAAGCCUGUGUGGGUCCUCGGCUUAAUUUCUAUUGGUCGAUGACGGCCAUCAGUGCGCAGUGGCCAUGCGAUAUGAUCAGUCUAAUGACUUGCAUCUUAAAUUGAUUGUAUGACUCUGUUUGGUUCGUCCAUGAGAAGUUUAGCACUGUUUCUAUUCCCGUGUGUGAUCGCGGUGCUGGUGCAUGAGUGGUGGUGGCUGAAGGACCAAGCUGAUUUCUUCUCGGAUGUCAGGACAGCAGUGACAGGCAGCAGGAGGCUGGUGUAUGAAGUUGUGGUUGGAGUUUUAUCUGCUAGGCAUCACCAUGAUCUGAGGCAAGCCAUAAGAGGCACAUGGAUGGGGUAUCUCAGAGACCACCCUGACUUCCAGAAUCGGGUGCUGGUGAAAUUUAUCAUUGGUAAACAUGGCUGUGCAAUACCUGAAGAAGAUCGGGAGGACCCAUAUUCCUGCACCCUGCUCAACAUCACAGAACCAGCGCACUUGCAGGAUGUGACCAUCCUAAGCAAACCUGAUGCUUUGGUGCCAUCUGAUGUCUCAGCUAUAUGUUUGGAUUUUAAGGUCCUCCACCCUGUAGUAAUCACGCAACUGGGUGUAUUUCCAAAUGGCCCACUGAAAGAUUUCAGGGGUAAUGUCACAGUAAAGUUAUUCCCAGUGGACCAAAAGGAGCCUGUUGUUACUGCUUACCUUACUGCCCUGAGUCCAGGUGUCUAUGUGGAGGGGAUCUGGUAUAAAGCUGUGGAACAGUUCAUUUUGCCCAAGGGUUUUGAGGGUAAUCUGAUAUGGGAGAGCCAGGAACCGACAGGCUUGAUGACUCUCAAUGUGUCCAAGGUUCAGCUCAACACUGGUGGAGGAGUGAUCAAGUUCGGACCUAUAGAAGAGGGCACCCUGCCUCACAGAAAUGCACAUGGUUUUCCCGGACUAGCCGGAGGAUUCAUUUUCUCCAUUUAUGAUGUGGAGGGACUGAAGACACAGCUGCGUGGCCGUGUAGACAGACAGCAGGCUCAUGAGGCCAGGCUCAGAGAGGAAGAAAAAGCCUUGCAGGAGGAGAGUCAUACAUAUGGGGACAUUGUUUUUGUUGAUGUUGUGGACACAUACAGAACUGUGCCUUAUAAACUGCUGUACUUUUACAAAUGGGCGAUAAGGAAUGCUGACUUCAGUCUGCUCCUGAAGACAGAUGAUGAUUGCUAUAUCAACGUGGAUGAAGUAUUAAUGAAAAUUGACCACAAGAGCCUGAUGCGCAGCAAUCUGUGGUGGGGAAAUUUUCGUCAGAGCUGGGCUGUGGAUCGUGUGGGGAAGUGGCAGGAGUUGGAAUACAGUAGUCCUGUGUAUCCAGCCUUUGCAUGUGGCUCUGGAUAUGUGCUUUCCAGGGACUUAGUGGAGUGGCUGGCCAGCAACGCAGAGAAGCUCAAAGUUUACCAGGGAGAGGAUGUGAGCAUGGGAAUAUGGAUGGCUGCAGUAGGGCCUCAGAAAUAUCAGGAUGCAGGCUGGCUAUGUGAGAAAGAGUGCUAUGUGGACAUGUUGUCAUCACCACAGCAUACAGUGAAGGAGCUACGCUUUCUCUGGGAUCAGAAAAGAGUUUGUGAGGAUCCAUGUGGCUGUGCUUGGCAUCACAGCUGAAGUCCUGCACACUUUACUUGCAAAAACUAACUAACUAACUAACUCCUGUAGUAUUUUGAAGCGUCUGCAACAGUUUAUUUCUAGGGCCUUCAUAUUGCAUAUUUAAUAACACAGUCCUGGAGAGUUUAUAGAGGCUUAUGUCAGAACUUGUGAGGUAACUUUUUUUUUUUUUAACGUAGCCUCAAUUAUCAUUGGGGUGACUUUCAAGACUUUUGUAUCCUUCAAACUGUUUUUAUAUUUAUUUUGCAUGCUAUUUACAUUCAUGAAGCUUUCAGAGCUGCUAGAUGUUCCUGAAGAGGUGGUACCUUGUUUACAUUAAAAAGAAAUCAUGAAGCACCAUUUUAAUACGCCACUUAUUUUAAAAGCUUAUGUCAGUAUAAUGAACAUAUAUUUUUAAUCCUCAAAAAAAUCCUUAAAGUGGCAAUUUAUCAUUUAUAACACGAGGCAGGAUGGUGGCAUAGCAGACAGUGCUGAUUUCUUACAGCUCCAGAUUCUGAGGUUGUGAUGGAAAUGCACCUUAAGAAUGAACAACACCAAAGUCAGACAAAAACGUACCUUUUAAUAAGACAAUGGAAUCCAAGAAUCUCUUCUCAGAGAAUGCUAAAAAGUAAUCAGAUACAUACAGUUUAUGUGGCUCAGCUUCUAGGGUAGCUCCUGCUUUUGCAAAACAAAUGUAUCCAGUAUUCUUCUCUUGAUGUGACCUUAUCUGCAGAAACAUUACCUUAAAAUUGGAAACUGUUGAAAGUGGUCCGAAUCAAUUUUUAACAGAACAUGCUUUCUGCCCCAUACACGGUACAUCUAAGUUCAGCUCUCUUCAGCUUGCAUUCAAGAAGCCCGGUGAUGAUCUCAUCUCAUCUCAU